AUGUCGGAUGCGGCUGGACACGGAAACGUGACUUUCUUGUUUCGUUCCGGGUCAAGAGCUAAGCCGUCCUUCGAACCAACUGAGAGUCAUGUGGUGUGUCGGGGAGGUCUUUGUUACCGCUUCAUCUCGGUGGGCCGGGCUCUCCAGAGGCGACGCGAGCUUGACCCCGCAUUUUCGGAGUGCCGACUUUUCGGCGUUCCGAACGGCUUUCCGAACGCGUAUGUCCGCUGUGUAGGGCGGGUACCGAACGAUGCUAUUCCACUCUCAUGCUGCCCGCUGCCAAGGAUGGGCAUCUUGGCUGACAUGGCGGAUCACAAAGGAUGCUAUUAG